GUUUGUUUAAUAUAGGGAAAAUUUAGAAUGCUACUUUAGUACAAUUGUGUAAAGUAAUAUAGAAAUAUUAACGAAUUUUAUAAUUUUAUACACUCCUUGAUAAUUUUACUACAUUGGUGUACACGGCAAUCUUAUUCGAUUUCGAAUUUGGCAACUGAUAAACCGAUUUAGAAUGUUGUUUACGAGUUGAAAGUUUUUUGAAAAAAAAAGCAAGAUAAAUGGAAAAUAUUGAAGCGGAAGCUGUAAUUUGCGAUAUAGAAGGAACGACAACAUCAAUUAGUUUUGUUAAAGAUGAGUUGUUCCCUUUUUCAAAAAAAAAUGUCUUAAAUUUUUUAACGCAAAACUGCGAUAAUUCGGAAGUUAAGUUAAUUUUCAAUGAAUUACAACAUUUGCCCGAUUACAAGGGAAAGUUCUAUGAGGAUGUCGAUAGUACUUCAAUCUCAGAAAUUGCAGCAUUUGCUAUUCAACUAAUAGAUGAGGAUAAAAAAUUGGGACCGUUAAAGAAGUUGCAAGGCCUUAUUUGGCAGGAAGGAUUUGACCAAGGGUUGUUAAAAGGACAUAUCUAUUCAGAUGUACUACCAGCUUUUAAAACUUGGACUGAGAAUCAAAUUAAAAUUUUCAUAUAUUCGAGUGGAAGUGUUCAAAGUCAGAAAUUAUUGUUUGGAAAUAGUGUGGAAGGAAAUUUACUUUCAUAUAUUAGUGCUUACUUUGAUACAACUGUGGGGUACAAACAAGAACCACAGUCUUAUGAAAAUAUUUUGUCUAAUAUAAAUUUACCUGCGGAAAAAGUUGUAUUUUUUACAGAUGUUGUUCAAGAAGCGGAAGCUGCUACUAACGCAGGAAUUAAAGCUGUAUUAUUAGAAAGACCGGGUAAUUCGCCUUUUACUGAGAAAAGCAGAAGUUCUUUUAUUGUUAUUAAAUCAUUUGACGAAAUUAUUAUAAAAAAAUAACUAUGGUUGCAUAAAAUAAAUAAAAUUUAUUGCAGCUACUAAAAUUAAUUAUUAUAACUUGAAAAACUUAAUUAUUUA